CUGUUUCGCGCAAUCAUGGACAACAACCCAAGCAGCACCAGUGACACCAUGCUGGACGGGCCCAAAAGCGUCGCACCGAAAGCUCCCAAGUUCACAGCUGUUUUCACAAAGCUUUCAGAGCACCAGUGGAAGACGUAUGAAGGUCAGAAGAAGUUCUACGCAAAUUUCAGUACACACAGCAAAAUGAGCGCCCGAAAAUUCUGCGUGGGAGGCAACUGGAAGUUGAACGGCGACCAGAAGUCCAUCGCCGAGAUAUGCAAGACUCUGAGCGGUGCCGCUCUGGACCCCAACACUGAGGUGGUCAUAGGCUGCCCGGCCAUCUACCUGAUGUACGCCCGCAACCUGCUGCCCUGCACCGUGGGCGUGGCCGGCCAGAACGCCUACAAGGUGGCCAAAGGCGCCUUCACGGGCGAAAUCUCACCCGCCAUGCUCAAGGACAUCGGGGCCGACUGGGUCAUUCUGGGUCACUCUGAGCGGCGCGCCAUCUUCAACGAGUCCGACGAGCUCAUCGCCGAGAAGGCUGAGCACGCUCUGGCCGAGGGCCUCAAGGUCAUCGCCUGCAUCGGUGAGACUCUGGAAGAGCGCGAGGCAGGCAAGACAAACGAAGUUGUCGCCCGCCAGAUGUGCGCCUAUGCCAAGAAGGUGCGCGACUGGACAAACGUGGUUGUCGCCUACGAGCCCGUGUGGGCCAUCGGAACCGGCAAGACAGCCACCCCCGAGCAGGCCCAAGAGGUGCACGCCUUCCUGCGGCAGUGGCUGACCGACAACAUAUCCAAGGAGGUUUCCGCCGCCCUGCGUAUUCAGUACGGUGGCUCUGUGACCGCCGCCAACGCCAAGGAGCUUGCGAAGAAGCCCGACAUCGACGGAUUCCUAGUGGGCGGUGCCUCCCUGAAGCCCGAAUUUGUCGAAAUCAUCAACGCCAGACAGUAAGACGCAUCCCACCGAUCAAUUGCAGCAAAGAAACUGCACAAAUGGAAGUGGAGCGGGAGAAACACACCCUCCCACCCUAUGCAUUACGCACACCUUGUUGUUGUCAUUACCUGAAUUCCGGCAGAUAGCGUUGGAAAGUAGACAUGGAAUGUAGUAAAAAAUUCUCAGUUCCCUUGCGAGUAAAAAGUUAUAUACUGCUGUUAAUCGUAUAUCCAAUGUAUACGUCUUAAAUUAUUCUGGCUAUAAUUAUAAUUACGCUACAACCACAC